GUAUACAAUAAAUAUACCAGCCAGCCAUGUCCCAGAAAUGAUGGUGACCACGGCUAAUGUACAUGAACGACUCUAAUGCCGCUCCUGGCGCUUGUCUGUGAUGUCUUUCGCACCACCAAGGCCGCCCUCGGGCCACGCGCUUCCACUCGGCCCAGAGUGGACAUCGGAGGAUGAAUACGUGCAAUCCCUAUUAACCUUCGCCACCAGUUCAGACAUAUUCCGGAAUCUCUGUGGAGGCGUACACAUUCUAGACUUUCUUACCCGGGAACCGGACAUCUAUACAACCGUGCUGCCCCAAGACUGGAGGGAUUGGUUCGACAAAGUGACGGUGGAUGAGGUCCUUGAUUUAUUGCUUCGCCGAGAUCUUUCCACUAACCCGGUAAGCAAUGGGGAAGACACAAUUCCGGCUAUCAGCCCUCCGGACACCUUGCUGGAUUAUAUUCGAACUGUGCGCAAACAUUGUCUGCAACGAGAAUUUACUCCGGUUUCCGAGCAAGUGUCUGAUAUACCCAUUCAUGUCUCGGUCGGGAUGAAGGUGAAAAAGGUUCAUGAGGUGACCAAUUUUGCCGCAUACGUCGACAAGCUGUCGGGCGACUUGUCAGAGCAAUUUCAGCAGCCUAUCUCGAUCGUUGAUUUUGGCUCUGGACAAAAUUACCUCGGCCGAACACUGGCCUCUCCGCCAUACAACAAGCACGUCAUUGCGAUCGAAAGAAAACAUCACAACAUUGCCGGGGCCAGGGAAAUGGAUGUCCAUGCCAAACUGGCCAAAAAACAAAAGAUCAUUCGCAACAAGAAGGAAUGGAAGCGCCAACUGGCUUUGGGAAAUGGCAUUCCCACUCCACCACCGGAAGAAAGCGAAGCCGAACAGUCUGUAUCCAUCCCAGUCCCGGAUGUCGUCCUAGCGGAUAUGGAGGCCCCGGAGAAAGGAGAGGACAUAAAAAAGGGCUCAAUGACAUAUAUCGAGCAUGACAUUCAAGACGGUCGGCUUGAAGACAUUCUUUAUCCUGUUGAACCAAAAGAUAGCGGCCGAGAGCAGGACAGCAUUUUGACCUCACAUCCCGAAGCUGAUCAAUCCGCAAGGGGCCAAGGCCAAGCCCGACCAAAAGUCAUGGUUGUGUCGAUUCACUCUUGUGGAAAUCUUUCGCACCACGGACUCCGAUCACUGGUCCUCAACCCCUCGGUCUGCGCAGUAGCCAUGAUCGGAUGCUGCUACAAUCUGCUCACCGAACGACUGGGACCCGCGACCUACAAGCUGCCGCAGCUGCGCCCUAACCACCCACGUCUCGAAGCCACUGGCAGCGCAUACGAUCCACAUGGGUUCCCCAUGUCUAAGACGCUGGAAGAUUUCGAGCACGAGACAGGCAAGGGCAUGAGACUCAACAUCACCGCCCGCAUGAUGGCCGUGCAAGCCCCUUACAACUGGGGUCCCGAAGACAGCGAGGCUUUCUUCCGACGGCAUUUCUACCGCUCUUUACUCCAGCGGAUACUGCUAGACUUGGGGGUUGUCAAGCAGUGUCCCGAUCCAGGCAGCUUGGCGGGCGGCAGCGUCACCGGCAAGGACCACAAUGGCACGCCUUUGAUAGUAGGCUCGCUUCGGAAAGCGUGUUUCGCCAACUUCAAGGCUUAUUGCAGGGGCGCUUUGGCCAAACUGCGCAACGACCCCGUGGACGGACCGAUGAUUGCAGAGCUCACAAAAGACCUGACCGACGACAUGAUAGAGGCAUACGAAGCCAAAUGGGACUAUGCCAGGAAAAACAUGGCCGUCAUUUGGAGCUUGAUGGCCUUUAGCGCCGGAGUGGUCGAAAGCAUCAUCGUCACCGACCGCUGGCUUUACUUGCGCGAACAACCCUGUGUGCAGAACUGUUGGGUUGAUAUUGUGUUUGAUUACAAGCACAGUCCGAGGAAUUUUGUUGUGGUCGGUAUCAAGAAGCAGGAUUGAACAGUUGACAGCCUAGCAUCACUUCCAAACAUCCCUCCAACUGGGCACAUCUGCGGCACAUCAAAGUACGCGUGCUGCUCGGUGUCUUCAACACCCCUCAUCAUCACCCCUGUGCUACUGAAGCUUAGGCCCACCAAGCAAUUAUCUGAUCGGCGGCUUAGCAGAGAUGGAUCUCGUCCGCAACGAGUCCUGCACGACAAAGCCAACUCGGAGAGGCUAUAGCACAAAUUCAAAGCCAUCAGAGGCCUACCUCCUCUAUGGCAUUCGCGUUGACAUGUCAGUAUCAGUGUCAACUGAGCUCCCGCGCAAGGGAAGGUAAAAGAGACAGAGUCGUCAGUCUGAUGAUUGCUGUUCUCCUAUCGUGCCAGCUGCCUGUGGACUCUCUCACUGUAGCCCUUGGUCGAGGAUACACAGUCACCCAACCAAGCUCGGCCAGCUAUCAGUUGACACUUCUACAAGGCCUCGAAUCGAUAUAAAAAAUCUAUAUCGAUCCUGCCACCACCCACCGCGUCAGCAAUCACUCUGGCUCUUUCCGGGCCCAGGUUUAUACCAGCUCAUCUGAACAAAGAAGCUUGAUGUUUCCGGACAGAACUGUGCAUGGGCAUCGCUCUCACUUGUAAGGCACUUGAAGGAAAGGAUAAAAAGAUCCUCAUGGGCCACAAGCACGGCCGACUGCCGAACCUCUCAUUGCAGUUUAUGGGGACAAUGCUGCCCAGUCAGUCAGCCGAGCAACCUAACAUCAAACAGCAAAAAUCUGGCCAUGGUCACCCAAAUCGCGACGCCCAACACCCAACCGUAACAAAGUAUACCAGAUAAACUGGAGUCAGGAUAAAAAGUUAACCCUCUUCUUCACUCACGAAAACCAAGCUGCUGUCUCUUCCUUGCCGCGCUUUUCAAAAUCUACCGAAGUAGUCAAUUUCCAGACCCAGACCAGAUUCCUCAAGUCGCAUAUUGCGGGGCCAUGACUGGCUUGGACAGCAUAGACAUAGACAGAUUGUUGUACAAUCAAAAGUUGUUUCAGGCCAAUGCUAGAAGUCCUGCCUUUCGUCUCAAUUUGUGCAGAGUCCCACCUUUACCACAUAGUGCCAUAUUCAGAUAGGACCAUUCCUCAGCGAACGAUAAAAGGACCAUCAAUAAGCUG